GCGGGGAAGGGCGCCGCGCCCACCGCAGCCUACAGCCUGCCCGGGACCUCGGGGCGCCCAUGACGGCGGCGGCGACGGUGCUCAAGGAGGGCGUGCUGGAGAAGCGCAGCGGCGGGCUGCUGCAGCUGUGGAAGCGGAAGCGCUGUGUGCUCACCGAGCGCGGGCUGCAGCUCUUCGAGGCCAAGGGCACGGGCGGCCGGCCCAAGGAGCUCAGCUUCGCCCGCAUCAAGGCCGUGGAAUGCGUGGAGAGCACCGGGCGCCACAUCUACUUCACGCUGGUGACCGAGGGCGGCGGCGAGAUCGACUUCCGCUGCCCCCUCGAGGAUCCUGGCUGGAACGCCCAGAUCACCCUGGGCCUGGUCAAGUUCAAGAACCAGCAGGCCAUCCAGACAGUGCGGGCCAGGCAGAGCCUCGGGGCUGGGACCCUCGUGUCCUAAACCCCCCCGGCUUACCAUCUUACCUUCAUGCUGCGCACCCUCCCCACCACGUGGGUCCCAGAUGUCAGGUCAGCUCUCCUGCCCCUUUUGGCUCACGGGGCAUGACUCUGCUCCCUGCGUCCAGGCAGAAGCCGUGGUCCUGUGGCGGAGGCGUUGGAGCUGAAGGAAUGGACAGGGCCCAGGGCGGAGGGCAGAAGGCCACGUGGGGCUGAGGAUGAAGAUUCAGCCUCUGGACACUCUGAGACUCUCAGGACAUUCCCAGCUCAGGGCUUUGUAGCCACAGGCCUGACUUGUAUCUCACGAUGGAGCGCGGGCAUCAAAGCAUCCUCUCCCCAGCGGCCCUGUCAUCCGUCCUGCAGACUGCUGGUAGUCCCCAGCUUGGUGUCAUGCCUGGAGGAGGACAUUUCCCCGUGGGGUGCCCAGCCAGCGCCUCAGGACUCGGGAGGCCAGCCUGGUACCCAGAGGGGGAACCACCCUGGCAUCACCUCUGGACUCACCUGGGUGGGAGGGAGCUGACCAGCCCUGAGGCCCACGCGUGGGGGUCUCCUGCUGCUUAGGUCCUUCUGGGACCCCCACCCAUCCAGGCCUUCUCUUUGCACACUUCUUCCCCCACCUCCUGCCCAUCUUCCCCCCACUGUGGUGCUAGGCCUGGAGGUGGUGGGGGUGGGGUGGGGGUUUGACCAUUACCAUUUCAUGCCUAUCCCAAAAUGAAGAUGCCCUACAAAGGGCAGUGACCACACUG